GUCUGCAUGUUUCGGAUAUGACUAAACUUUCCAUUAACUUUCAUGACGUGAAAAACGUAAUCAAACCUUUCGAUGGUAGUGAAUAUUGUUCUAUCGAUAAAUGGCUGGUUGCAUUCGAAGACUUUGCUAAAAUGAUGACUUGGUCUGAUUUACAUAAAUUUAUAUUUGCAAAACAAUCCUUAACAGGGUUAGCGAAAUUAUUUGUUGAAAGUCAAAGCGGUAUUAAUUCCUGGGAUAAAUUGAAAUCGGAAUUAAAAGCGGAAUUUGGCAGUAAAUAUAACUCAGCGCGAUUGCACGGUAUGUUGGCUAAACGCCAAAUGCUCCCCAAUGAAUCCGUGCAAGAAUAUUUCUUUAAAAUGCAAGAACUCGCUAGUCGUGGAAAAAUUGAGCCUGACGGGUUGAUCGAAUAUGUUAUUUCUGGUAUACGUGACAUACCCAGUAACAAAGCGAUGUUAUACGGAACAGAUAAUUUGACAGAAUUUCAUGAAAAGUUGAGAGUUUAUGAGAAGAUCCGAUCUACGUAUUCUCGUUCGUUUCAGUCUAAACCGAAUUUACCUACAGAGCAUCGAAAACCCCAGCCUUAUCGUAAUAAGCGUGACAGUAAAACUCUCAAAUGUUUUAAUUGUAAUGAAAUUGGUCACAUUUCGAGUAAUUGCUCGUAUAAAUCCGAAGGUAUUAGAUGUUUUAAGUGCAAAAAAUUCGGCCAUAAAGCUAACGCUUGUCCUCAAAAAGAAGUAAACAAAAUGGAACUAAGUCAUUUCUCUAGAUGUAACAACAAAAUUGAAACGGAUGUUGAAAUCCUAGGUGCAAAAACAAAAGGACUCAUCGACACCGGGUCGGACGUAACGAUGAUACCAAGGCAUUUUUAUGAUAAAGUAGGGACUCCGAAAUUAAACUCAGAUGGUGCAUCUUUAAUUGGAUUAGAUGGGAAUAGUAUUUCUCCGUUAGGUUUCUUCGAAAGUGAAAUAAAGAUUGACGAAUACUCUCUUCCUGCAAAUAUUUACGUGGUAGAAGGUGAUCUGUGUAAUUCUAUAAUAAUAGGAAUAGAUGUUCUGAAUAAACUGAACUUCUCUAUAACAAACUACGGAUUCAAAGUCAUGGGGAAACGAAGUCAAAAUACUAUUCGUGUUAAUUAUACUCGAAUUUUUGUUCCCGAUGGAAAGUCUGCGGCUGAAUCAACACUCGUUAGAUCAGAUGACGCCUCUAGAAAAGAGCAGAUGUUCCUUUCGCAUUUCACUGAGUGGGGAGAGGGAAACGGUUUUCAAGACACUAAAUCACUUGGUGAGCGCCCACCCCUUGUGGUUAGUGACACAAACGAUUUCGGCAGAAAUAAAAAAGAAAAGUUUACUUCCAAAUCUGAUACAUUUCCGAGUAAGCCUUGCAAUGAAAGCAAAAAAAUGCAAUCAAGUGCAGAUAUGGGCGGAUUAAACCGUUUUAACCAUGUUUCGUUCACCGACGACAGGGAGUAUGAUUUAACUGAUCCCUCAGAAGAUGAGAACGAAAAAACAUGUUUUUUAGGUCAAUUGGCAGAUGCGACAGAUUGUUGUUAGAUAGAUUUAAGUCACAUUCUGGAUAGAAAGCAACGACAGAAUUUGAUGGAAUUAAUUACAACCUAUGAGCCAAAUAAGGUUAAGGAUAUCGGAUUGAAGAUGCAAAUUAUUUUAACUGACGAAAUUCCCAUUAGUCAUCGCCCACGUAGAAUGUCAUUCGAAGAACAAAAAAUAGUAAAAGACCAAAUCCAAGAAUGGUUGGACGGUGGCAUAAU